UGUAAUUGCAAGCAGCGGACAGACACUGUUACUGAACAACAGCCGUCGAUGAAAAAAGCGAAAUGGCUGGAAGCAGGCUUGAGAGGUUUGGAACUGUUUUCACCCGGGUUCGAGAUCUGAUUUGUGCUGGAGUCAUAAAGCCGGCAGAAAAACCCAUCUGGUAUGAUGUGUACAGAGUUUUUCCACCAAAGAGGGACCCACUUCAUGUGAAGCCACAUACCAGACACUGUACCAAGAAACAGGAGGCUGUGCCUGAGAUCUUCUAUAGAGAGGAUGAAGUCAGAGCGAAGUUCUAUGAGCAGUAUGGGAUGGGUCCUCGACCUUUUGAUCUGUCAAAAUCAAACUUUGUUUCUACAUGUCAGAGGUUUGUGGACAAGUACACAGAUUUAAAGCGCCACAGUGAGCUGGAGGGCUCUGCUCUGUUUGAGGAGACUGGGAAGGCUUUACUCACAGAUGGCAUCGCACUGAGAAGGAGAGGAGCUCCUCCUGUGUCAGUGGAGUCCAGGGAUCCAGUGCUCAAGUUAAAGUUAACAGACAUGUUGGCAGAGCAGCGGUCAGUCAAGGCUGACAGUGAAGAGGCAAUGGAACACACCACACACACACAUGUACCAUAGACAUCAUCAGCUCAAGGACCAUUUGAUGAGGUUCAGAUUCACCAUACCAGAUAUGCUGUUUGACUGGCUUUUAGAAGCUAGAGUUCUGUGUUUGUUUCUCCUCUUAAUGUGAUAAUCAUCUGUAAAAAAAAAAUGGUUUUAUUUCAACCACCAAGUCAUGAUAUGGCAGCCAGGGAUCCUAGCCAACAUCAGGAACUGCUCUGUGGACUGUUUGUGUGCAUCUUCAUUUUUCCCAAUUCCCACAGUGCACGGCACCGCCAGCAGGAAGUUGUCAUUAAUGAUCAAAAGAGCUACAAACCUAGUCUAUAUUUCAGUAGAGAAUGGGCCCAGAAAAACAGGAAAUGGUCAAUAUGCAUAUAUAUAUAUAUAUAUG